AGAGCGGUAGAGAGAGAGAGGAGAGAGGAGAAGUUAAACAGAGCUGAACCGUAACGGGGAGAGACGGAGGGAGAGAGAAACUCUUUUUCAUUCUCCGUGGGAGUUUUUCUGAGAGAGAAAGAGGGUGAGAGACAAAACAAGAAGAAAAAAACAAGGGAUAUAAGAGAGAGAUAGGGUGAGAGAGAGGCUGAGAGAGAGAGGCAGAGAGAGAGAGGCAGAGAGAGAGAGGGCAGAAGAGAGACACAGACACGCAGAGAGAUAGACAGAGAGUCACAUGUUGUGAAAAUGCCCACCAACUUCACGGUGGUCCCUGUGAAGGACGGCAGACGAUCCCGGAAGAAGAACGAGGAAGAUGAUGAUGAUGAAGACAACAACGUGCUCCGGGAGGAAGAUGAGGAUGCCGCCCUUCCAGGCGAUGGCAACCCCAAGGAAAGCAGUCCCUUCAUCCACAACACUGACAACGACAGGGGCAACCUGUACGAUGGCAAGAACAUGGCUCUCUUCGAGGAGGAGAUGGACAGCAACCCCAUGGUGUCGUCUCUGCUCAACAAGCUGGCGAACUACACUAACCUGACCCAGGGGGCGCAGGAGCACGAGGAGGCCGAUGACGACGAGGGACCCGCCAAGAAGAAGGCUGUGAAGAGCCCCCAGAUGGGCACCUUCAUGGGGGUGUACCUGCCCUGCCUGCAGAACAUCCUGGGGGUCAUCCUCUUCCUGCGCCUCACCUGGAUUGUCGGCACGGCCGGCAUCAUGGGGUCUCUGGCCAUCGUGUUCAUGUGCUGCUCCUGUACGAUGCUGACGGCCAUCUCCAUGAGUGCCAUCGCUACCAACGGAGUAGUGCCAGCGGGAGGCUCCUACUACAUGAUCUCCAGGUCUCUGGGUCCGGAGUUCGGAGGGGCGGUGGGGCUGUGCUUCUUCCUGGGCACCACCUUCGCUGGCUCCAUGUACAUCCUGGGAACCAUCGAGAUUCUCCUGACCUACAUAGUGCCCAAGGCCGCCAUCUUCGUGGCGGAGAAGAAGGAGGACGAGGUGGAAGCGCUGCUCAACAACAUGCGUGUGUACGGAACGUGCUGCCUGGCUCUCAUGUCGCUGGUGGUCUUCGUCGGGGUCAAGUACGUCAACAAGCUGGCCCUCGUCUUCCUGGCCUGCGUCAUCCUCUCCAUCUUCGCCAUCUACGCCGGCGUCAUCAAGACCGCCAUCGAGCCGCCCGACCUACCGGUCUGUCUGUUGGGGAACCGCACGCUCCAGAACCACAACUUUGACAAGUGUUUGAAGACAGAGGAGAUUGACAACGUGACCGUGACCACCAAGCUGUGGGCGCUGUUCUGCGACAGCGCCGACCUGAACGCCACCUGCAACGAGUACUUCCUCUUCAACAACGUCACCGAGAUCCAGGGCAUCCCAGGCCUUGCCAGCGGGGUGAUCCAAGACAACAUGUGGGGGGACUAUGGCCCCCUGGGGAUGCUGGUGGAGCACAAGCGUCUGGACUCUGUCCCAGCAGCAGACUCAUCCCAGGACAUGUACCUGCCUUACGUGGCCAACGACAUCACCACCUUUUUCACCCUGCUGGUGGGGAUCUACUUCCCCUCCGUCACAGGUAUCAUGGCCGGGUCCAACCGAUCAGGUGACCUCAGAGACGCUCAGAAGUCCAUCCCCAUAGGAACCAUCCUCGCCAUAGCAACCACCUCCUUUAUCUAUGUGACCUGUGUGGUGUUGUUCGGAGCGUGCAUCGAGGGGGUGGUGCUCAGAGACAAGUUUGGGGACUCGGUCAAAGGGUACCUUGUGAUUGGCACGCUGUCCUGGCCCUCUCCCUGGGUGAUUGUGAUUGGCUCGUUCUUCUCCUGCUGUGGGGCGGGGCUUCAGAGCCUGACAGGCGCCCCCAGACUGCUGCAGGCCAUCGCCAGGGACGGCAUCGUUCCCUUCCUAAAGGUGUUUGGUCAUGGCAAGGCUAAUGGAGAGCCCACCUGGGCGUUGCUGCUGACAGCAGCCAUCUGUGAGAUCGGCAUCCUCAUCGCUUCUCUGGACGCUGUCGCCCCCAUCCUGUCUAUGUUCUUCCUGAUGUGCUACCUGUUUGUUAACCUGGCCUGUGCCGUCCAGACCCUGCUGCGCACCCCCAACUGGAGGCCCAGGUUCAAGUACUACCACUGGGCCCUUUCCUUCCUGGGGAUGAGCCUGUGCCUGUCCCUGAUGUUCAUCUGCUCCUGGUACUACGCUCUGGUCGCCAUGAUGAUCGCAGGCUGCAUCUACAAAUACAUUGAAUACAGAGGGGCGGAGAAAGAGUGGGGCGACGGUAUCCGAGGGCUGUCGCUCAACGCUGCCCGCUACGCCCUCAUCCGCCUGGAGGAGGCGCCACCACACACCAAGAACUGGAGGCCACAGCUGUUGGUGCUGCUGAACGUAGACCCUGACAUGGCGGUGAAGCACCCUCGCCUGCUGUCUUUCACCACCCAGCUGAAGGCCGGGAAGGGCCUCACCAUCGUGGGCAGUGUGCAGGAAGGAACCUACAUCAGCAAGGAGACCGAGGCCAAGAAGGCCGAGCAGAACAUAAAGGCGUCCAUGACGACGGAGCGUACCAAGGGCUUCUGCCACGUGGUGGUGUCGUCCAACCUGAGAGAUGGUUUCUCCCACCUCAUCCAGUCGGCCGGCCUGGGGGGGAUGAAACACAACACGGUGCUGAUGGCCUGGCCCGGCACCUGGAAGCAGGCCAGCGACCCCGUCUCCUGGAAGAACUUCAUAGAGACGGUGCGGGAGACCACAGCGGCCCACCAGGCUCUGCUGGUGGCCAAGAACGUGGACAGCUUCCCCAGCAGCCUGGAGCGUCUGGGGGAGGGCACCAUCGACGUCUGGUGGGUGGUGCAUGACGGAGGCCUGCUCAUGCUGCUGCCCUUCCUGCUACGUCAGCACAAGGUGUGGAGGAAGUGUAAGAUGCGUAUCUUCACCGUGGCCCAGAUGGACGACAACAGUAUCCAGAUGAAGAAGGACCUGCAGAUGUUCCUGUACCACCUGCGCCUGGACGCCGAGGUGGAGGUGGUGGAGAUGCACGACAGUGACAUCUCAGCCUUCACCUAUGAGAAGACCCUGGUGAUGGAGCAGCGCUCCCAGAUGCUGAAGCAGAUGCAGCUGUCCAGGACGGAGCGCGAGAGAGAGAUUCAGAGUAUCACUGAUGAGUCCCGUAGCUCCAUCAGGAGGAAGAACCAGAGUGGAGUUCAGGUGUCGGGGCCCAGUGGAGAGGCCUCCUCCCAGGCCGAACCUCCCCAGGAGGAUGAGGCUCAGCUGAUCCACGACAGGAACACAGCAUCUCACGCGGCGUUGAACGACAAGGCAGACGCAGCCCCACACGUCCAGAUGACCUGGACCAAGGAGAAGUUCUUCACCGAGCGCAACCGCAACCGAGAGCCCAACAUGGGAGUUAGAGACCUGUUCAACAUGAAGCCAGAAUGGGAGAGUCUGAAUCAGUCCAACGUGCGGCGGAUGCACACGGCAGUGAAGCUGAACGAGGUGGUGGUGAACAAGUCCCAGGGCGCCCACCUGGUGCUGCUCAACAUGCCCGGGCCGCCCCGGAACAGGGGCGGGGAUGAGAACUACAUGGAGUUCCUGGAAGUGCUGUUAGAGGGCCUGAACAGGGUGCUGCUGGUGAGAGGAGGAGGUCAAGAGGUCAUCACCAUCUACUCUUAGAACGGCUCGCACGCCCCCAGCUCAUCACCGUGGCAACACCUGGCAUUUGUUUUGGGGGGGGUGGAAGGGAGGGGGAGGCGGGGGGUAAUGAAACUUUAAAGGUUGUUCCGGUGACGGGACUUUCGACGGGGAGCCAUUUGAUUGGACAGAGGGCUUUCUGAGCCUCAGAAGGGAAGGACCAAUCGGAGUGGGACGCUCUGUGGUUUUCUGAGAACGCGGGCCAAUCAGGAACGGGCGGCUGGAAGACAGAGCAUUCUGACACUUUAGCUUUUAAUCGAAGCGUGUUGACGCUGCGUCAUGUUGUCAUUGUACGUUUUAUUUUCUUAUUUUUGUUCUUCCUCUCCAUAUAUGUGUAUUUUAUCAGUAGAGAAAGCCAGUGUUUGAGGCCCUGGUCUGUUGUGACCCAACUGGAAACCUGCUGCCCCGUCUGUGUUCUCACUGUGCACCGGGGCAGGGUGGAGCUGAACAAGCCCUCUCUGUUACAGGUUCAUCUCCACCAGAGCAGCUGCUCUGGCUCUAGGAUGGCUGUGGGGCAGCAAGAUAUGUCUAUGGGUCUCCCCAAGUGAGAGAAGCAGGGUCAGUCAAGCCCACUUGGGUCACAAUGGAGUCCAGUGAGAGCUAGGCUUGGAUAUUUUGUUUGUCAAAAGGGAUUUAUUGUAAAUGUUGCUUGUAUGCUAAAUGUUCUUGUGUGUUUCGUGGUUUAUUUGUUGUGGUUGAGCACAGCACAAUCCCUUAAAGAAGCUAGAGUUUGUGUGUGUGUGUGUGUGUGUGUGUGUGUGUGUGUGUGUGUGUGUGUGUGUGUGUGUGUGUGAGAGAAACCGAGAGAGAGAGCAUGUGAGAGAGAGGGUGAGAGCGUGAGAGCGAGAGAGCGAGAGAGCGAGAGAGCGAGAGAGCGAGAGAGAGAGAGAGAGAGAGAGAGAGAGAGAGAGCCUGUUGAGGUAGAGGUGAAGUUACGCUGGCUAGUUUGUUGACAGGUAGGCCAGGUAUGGAUGUGCAAUAGAUGCUGUCUGAACAGACUCCCUGCAGGUUGACAACCAUGCGUGUUGUUGAGCCUGAGCCUGAAGUUAGCGUUGUUCCAAGCUGGCUGAGGAUGCAUCAUAGUCUGUCUAUAGAACUCAACCCUCAAAAGCUGUGUAGUUUGUGGAGCGUUUUUUUCAUUUAAAAACUAUUCAUCAUUGGAAAUAGUAUGUAAAGGAACUAGGAAAUAAAUGUACGUUCUUUUUUUUCACAAAUAAAUCCAGUUUUCAGCAGGAUAUGUUACACUUUCAAUGUGCUUUUUGACCCAUUUUCAAAACCACCACUUUAUAGAAAUCGAGGAGAAAUGGUGAGCCUGUUUUGUGUCGUCAUGUCUGUUCUUCACCCCUGCUGGUCUCAGUCUGUGUUCUCCGCAAAGUUCAAACGGAAGAGGCGAAGGUGAUGUUAGUUUAGGUUUUAGUUCCAGAAUCUUUGCACCUUGUUGAGACACAGACAACCAUUCCUCUUCAAUAUUCAAUACAAGCAUGGCACAUUCAUCCUUCACAUGCAGUAUAUAAUCUCCACCCCACUCAACUUUAUUUGGUGUUUGUGUUGGCUAGUUUUCCUGUCAAUCAGAUGUGAUUGUUUUAGUGUGUUCAGGAAGAAUUGUGCCAAACAGACUGAGGCUGUGGAGGUGUACAUGACUCAGGUUACCUGGUCAGUCUGCACCAGGAGACCAGGUGCAGGACCUCACCUGGUCAGUCUGCACCAGGAGACCAGGUGCAGGACCUCACCUGGUCAGUCUGCACCAGGAGACCAGGUGCAGGACCUCACCUGGUCAGUCUGCACCAGGAGACCAGGUGCAGGACCUCACCUGGUCAGUCUGCACCAGGAGACCAGGUGCAGGACCUCACCUGGUCAGUCUGCACCAGGAGACCAGGUGCAGGACCUCACCUGGUCAGUCUGCACCAGGAGACCAGGUGCAGGACCUCACCUGGUCAGUCUGCACCAGGAGACCAGGUCCUGCAACAACGGCAUGCAACUCCACAGCUUCGGUCUGACCCUCUUCUUAGCUGUGCAGUAUUUUGUAACCAGGAUGUGUGUGUUUCUAUGUUUUACUGUGGAGGAAAACUGUUGUUUUAGAGAGUACACCUUUAGUUUUACUAGACUGAUGUUGUUUCUGCAUACUCCUGUGUAAUGUUUAGCGUUUGGACUUUCAUUGUGACAUUCACCUACUACUUGAUCCUCCUUUACUGUUUGUUGUGUAACUCUUGAGGUGUGGUCAUGAGUGGUUGGAAGGUCUAGGUGGAGAAUGGGUUAUGCUAUGUUACUGAUGUUAAGUACAUUGAGAAGAAGAAAAAAAGUCAUUUUUAGCCGCCAAAGAUAAAAUCUUUGAGUCUGUGAUUAUAUUUAUUUUUAAGUAACGUUUCUUAGUUUUGAGAAAUAAAGUUUUAAAAGUU